UUGCACGCCUCAAGGAAGUCGGUUCGUUGUGCUCGCGUUCCGCAACAACAGUCACAACAAUCACAACAAUAAACAAAAAAAGCAACAAUUACUCAAAUCUGUUAAGUGCUCGUAACUGGAUUAAUACGAAAAAUUUAUUGCCUUAUUAGCUGCAUUAAUCAAAAGGCUUACAACAAAGCCCAUUAAAUACUCAAUCCAUCGAUCGAUCCGUAUAAAUAAUAAUAAUAAAUGUAACCAAAUCAGGCAGUUCCAAGUCCGUUGCAAUUAAUUUCGUAUUUUUGCCUCUGUGUGAUACAAUUUGAACUUGAAUUCCGCGCCACCAUAAAUCAAACCUUAAACAAGCUGCCAAACAGAAAAUCGUGCAAAAAAUCAAACCAAUAAAUUAUGGGAAUUUUGCUAAGUGAUGGCGAUUCGACCUCGGAUCAACAAUCAACGCGUGACUAUCCGCAGUUGAGCGGCGACUACCACAACGUGCAGCUGCAGGUGGCCGCCGUCGCUGCCAGCUCCAAGAUGUAUCACAGCAGCAGCGCUGCUGCGGCUGCCGCCUAUACGGAUUUGGCUGCAGCUGGAGGAGCCGCCGGCGUCUCUGGCUAUCAUCAUCAGCAAGCGGUCAAUGCGCCCGUCUAUGUGCCCUCCAAUCGGCAAUACAAUCACGUGGCGGCGCAUUUCGGCAGUGCUGCAGCGGCCCAGAACGCCUGGACAACGGAUAGCUUUGGAUCGGCGCAUGCGCAGCUACCGGCACAGUUCUAUACACAAAACGCGGUUAUGAUGGCACCCUGGCGUAGUGCCUACGAUCCAACUGGCUUUCAGCGCUCCUCUCCUUACGAGAGCGCCAUGGACUUUCAGUUUGGCGAGGGGCGCGAGUGCGUCAACUGCGGUGCCAUCUCCACGCCGCUUUGGAGACGUGACGGCACCGGCCACUAUCUCUGCAACGCUUGCGGCCUAUAUCACAAGAUGAACGGCAUGAACCGGCCAUUGAUAAAGCCCAGCAAGCGACUGGUGAGUGCAACCGCUACACGUCGCCUAGGACUGUGCUGCACAAACUGUGGCACACGCACGACCACACUCUGGAGACGAAACAACGACGGCGAGCCAGUGUGCAAUGCCUGUGGACUCUACUUCAAACUGCACGGCGUCAAUCGGCCGCUGGCUAUGCGCAAGGACGGCAUUCAGACCCGCAAGCGGAAGCCCAAGAAAACAGGCAGCGGCUCCACUGCGGGCUCUAAUUCGGGAUCGGGCUCAACCACAGAGACCAUCAAGGAGUGCAAGGAGGAGCAUGAUCUCAAGCCCACGCUUAGCCUGGAACGCCACAGUCUGAGCAAGCUUCACACGGAUAUGAAGACCAGCAGCCUUAUGGGGCAGCACCUUAGCCAGCAGCCGCAGCAGCAGCCGGUGGCGUCGCAUCAGCAAUGCUUUCCACAUUAUGCCCUGCAGCAACAGCAGCAACAGCAGCAGCAGCAACAACAGCAGCAACAACAGCAGCAGCAGCAACAACACCAGCAUCAGCAACUCGGCCACCAAUCGCAAUUAAGUGCAAGGCAGUUGCAUGCAGCCAGCUCGCAGUUGUAUACACCCGGCAGCAGUUCCGCUGCCUCUGCGUAUACGACGCACAGCAGUAAUGCGGCAGACACGCCCACACUAAGCAACGGCACGCCCUCGCCGCACUAUCAACACCAUCAUUUGACCAGCAGCUCGCAUGGCCACCAUGCCACAGCAGCGCAUCAUCAUCUACACGCAGCAGCAGCAGCUGCGGCAUACGGCGUGAAGACAGAGGCAAGUGCCACCAAUUAUGACUAUGUGAACAACUGUUACUUUGGCGCCUCGUUUGGUGCCUUGGGCGGUGCUGCCUCCUCGGCAAUGGCCGGUGGGGCGAGCGGCGAUCUGGCCGGGUAUCAUCAUCAGCACAAUGUCAUCCAGGCAGCCAAGCUGAUGGCCACAUCCUGAACGAAAGCGAUCUCUGUGAUCUCUUACCCACACAGCGCACAGCAGACACCAUCGUUGGAGCUUCGUUGGAAUCAUAUUGAAAAGACUUUGAAUUAGGUUUAAAUCAGUUGCAAUUAGUUCUUUUAUGUAAUGCCUGUAAAUAACUGCACGAAAGUUUUGUACAAAUAUUUGUUUAUAGCUUCGUUCCGU